AUGGUAUCUGAUCAGGAGAGGAUUUCUUUUGGGAGCCGCGCUAAGUUGACGGAGACAAAGGUCACACAGAAGACCCUCGCUCCUGGCAACCCUAGCCCGCGAGCCCCACCAGUGGAUCAUCGUACCCCCCCCCCUCCCUCUCAGCCCGCGAACCCCAUCCUAGCUGGGAGCCACGGCGGCUCCGCUCGCCAGCCUCCAGUCUCCUUCGUGAUGCGACCCUUGAGGUCCUAUGCGCAGGGGAUGGUGGGUGACCGCGUGCCGCCGCGAGCCCCUCUCUAA